AUGGUAUGGUCAGCUUUAUCGGGAUCUACGGCAUUGCCAGCAGAGCAUUACUUCCUGACCUGUGCUGUCGAAGAACUUGGAGAAUCCAAGCUCGUCGCAAUGCAUACCACUAUCUUUUAUUCCUUAUCUUUUCUAGCGUUGGGCGUUCUCGCUGCUUUGCCUGGACUUCCGGACAAAAUCUAUGGCGUUAACUUAGGUUCAUGGCUUGUUCUUGAACCAUGGAUGCUUCCGGCGGAAUGGAUCGCCAUGGGUGGACAGCAGUGUGACGACUGUUCUCAAUGCAUCGCCUCGGAAUUCGCCUUUGCCGAAGCAUACCCUGAUACCGUAGAUACCAUUUUCGAUGGACAUUGGGAGAGCUGGUUCAAUCAGCCUGACGUCGAUCAACUUGUGGACGCGGGGAUCAACACUGUCAGGAUUCCUCUUGGAUAUUGGAUUGUAGAGCCUCUCGUUAACAGGACAUCUGAAUUUUAUCCCAAAGGAGGUAUACUUCAACUGAAACGUGGGCUGAAGCAACUGAAAGCGUCAGGGAUUGCUGCCAUUCUUGACCAUCAUGCUCUACCAGGAGUUGCAUCCCCAGGACAGAUGUUUGCCGGAAGGUGUACCAAUGAUGUGGAGUUCUACACGCCAUAUAACUAUCAUCGUGCGCUAAUUUGGACAGCGGUAAUGACGGUCCUUUCCCACAUCGACCCAGACUUCGGUACAGUGGCUGGCAUUGAGGCCAUGAAUGAACCCAUCAUGGAUGCCAACCAAACUCCCGGACUAGGUGGCUUUCAAACAAACUUCGUUCAAGUCGUUCGGGCUGUCGAAUUGGCUCUGGGUAUUCCUGUACAGGGAAUUCCGCCCUUUUCAGGCUUCAGCUCCGCUGUUAAUGUCGCAUCAUCUUUGUCAAGUGUUGCCAAAUUAUCAUCAAUCUUCAACAGCGAAGUUCAACAAGUUCUACGUGAUGCUGCUCCCAUCCUGGUACAAGUUUCAACACAACUCAGAUUAGAUAUUACCCUUGCCACCCUGAGCUCCCUAUUGUCAAAGAGGAGGUCCCUGGUCACCUCUUUUAUGGAUAUUAACUGGCAACAUAAUACUCCAGCUAACCCCGCUGACGCAGCAAUAGGUCCUCAAGGAUAUGACAAUCAUCUAUACUAUUCUCUUCACGGGGUCGCUGACGCAAAUGAAGAUGCAUAUCUCACUAGUGUGUGCAAUCUUGAACGCAUCCAAGCCGAUGCUGCACUCGGGAAUACUCCCCUUUGGUUUGGAGAAUGGGCCUUGUCGACUCAGUUUAGCGCUUCAGAUACAUUCUUGAGAAAAUGGGCUGAUGCUCAGAAAUUUUCCUACGGCAAGGGUGCAGGCUGGAUUUUCUGGAACUUUAAGAUCGAGAAGUCGGAUUUAGCUGGCGAUACUGCUCGCCAAUGGUCCUACAUGGAAGGCCUUCGACUUGGUUAUCUUACCCAAGAUCCAUCCAAGUUCAAUGAUCCACACGUUUGCGAUCCAUACUUAAAUGUGACAUCUGUAUAG